GUUGAACUGUACUAUCGAUCAGGAAUCAACGAAAAGCCAAUCAAUGGUAGAUGGCAUGGAUAUUGAACUUCGUCUGAGAUUCAAUUCAAGUCGAGACGAAACGUCAGAGUUCAUUUGCUGUUACUCACAAAUCUUCUAAGAUACCCAACGUCUUAGAUUUUUUGGUAGAAGGUUGUAGUAAUGUUGCUAAACAACUUAGCGUGGUCAAUGAUUUUCUUGAGCCAACAAAAACUAUGCAUCAUUACCCUUCUCUGCUCGCUCGCAUUGUCUUUACAGAAGAAUAUUUUGUACGCUUCUCUCUCUACAAUCCUUUUUGUUUUAGCUGCAGUCGAUUUCAAUCAUUGGCUCAGUAAUUGCUACGGAAUUAUACCAACGUCAAAAAUACUCCCAAUUUGUAAAUCCGGGUAUCAUUAGUUUAGUCAUACUAUUGUUUUGAACGUAGAAAUAAACAGAACUAUCUUUGAAGCAAGAGCAAAGAUUUGCUACUUCACACUUCUUGUUGUUGAGUGUAUAUGUCUUCG